GUAAUAGGCAGUACUCUAAUACGUUUCUUGAUUGUGGUAUAGUGUGUUUACUUGUCUAACUCGUUGAUUGUGUUAAGGAUGAACCAAGGAAUAUGGGAUUGGAUCUUGUGAUGAAAUAACUUACUAAAUAAGGAAAAUGAGUCAAGGUAUUCGAUGCUCAAAUUAAAGCUAGCAGAAGCAGGGCAGAGGGUCACUUCCCGUUCCCAGCCUCCAUCGUCGUUUUUGUCCAUUCCUUCCAGCUGAUUAUUGGUCCAGCUGCAGAGACGCUGGACCGCCCGCUGUGAGGAGGCGGAGGUGCCUCUGCUUUCUGCUGGCGCUGGCGCUGGUGCUGGCGGAGGGGGCUUCCUUACUGGCUGCAGGUGCUGACACGCAUAUGAGCAUCUCCGUGAUUAAUCCGGCCGCCUGGAGCAGAGUCGCAGCGGACCAGCAGUCGGGCUGCGCGUGCGGAGGAAUGAGAGCCGAGCGAGGUGCUGCGCCUUCACGAUGCAGCCCACCGCCACCAGCCGUCCAUUUUACGCCAUCGUAUGAGCCGACCCGUCUGCGUCGUGCAUGCGGCCAUCAGCGUUCCCGACGAUGACAACAUAGGCCGACGCCUCGCCGCAGCUACCUACUGGGACUGGGAAUGAAAACGUGGCCAAGAUGGUCCGCAUCGCCAAGGCUCUGGGGCUGGUCAUUCUGUGCGUCGCCGUGCUCAUCCUGUCCCUCAUCAGCUACGUCUCCCUGAGGAAGGACAGCCUCUUCACCUCCUCCAAAUACUACAUGGGAGGCCCGAGGAUCAUGUUCCACGCGGGAUUUCGGUCUCAGUUUGCCAUGAAUUUUCUGGACCCGUCCUUCAUUCCCCUGACCAACGCUCUGAACGAGGAGCUGCAGGGAAAACCGUCCAAAUGGAAGUUCAACAAGACUGCCUUCUAUCAGCAGAGGAAAGACAUCUUCAGCUACAUCGACAUUCCCAAAAACUUCUCCCUCACAAAAAACAGCGUGCACGUGGGCCAGCUCAUGCACUUCGACUACUCCAGCAACAAAUACGUCUUCUCCAUCAGCAACAACUUCAAGUCCCUGCUGCCGGACAUCUCCCCCAUCGUCAACAAGCACUACAGCAUGUGUGCGGUGGUGGGAAACAGCGGCAUCCUCACAGGCAGCCACUGCGGCCCAGAAAUCGACCAGGCGGACUUCGUCUUCCGGUGCAACUUCGCCCCAACCGAGAUCUACUCCAAGGACGUGGGAAAGAAGACCAACCUGACCACCUUCAACCCCAGCAUCCUGGAGAGGUACUACAACAACCUGCUGACCAUUCAAGACAGGAACAAUUUCUUUCUGAACCUGAAGAAGCUGGAGGGGGCCAUCCUGUGGAUCCCAGCCUUCUUCCUCCAUACCUCAGCCACCGUCACCAGGACCCUGGUGGACUUCUUUGUGGAGCAUAAGGGUCAACUGAAGAUUGAACUGGCCUGGCCAGGGAACAUCAUGCACGAUGUCAACAAGUACUGGAAGACUAAAAACCUCUCUCCCAAGCGUCUCAGUACUGGGAUCCUCAUGUACACGCUGGCCUCCGCCAUGUGUGACGAGAUCCACCUGUACGGCUUCUGGCCCUUCGGCUGGGACCCCAACACGGGCAAGGACCUGCCCUACCACUACUACGACAAGAAGGGCACCAAGUUCACCACCAAGUGGCAGGAGACGCACCAGCUGCCCAGUGAGUUCAAGCUGCUCUACAAGCUGCACAGGGAGGGCGUGAUCAAGCUCAGCCUGACGCACUGCAGCGCGUAGGCCGGCGCGGGGGCACGGCUGCAGGCUCCGAUCCGAGACCGUGAUCCAGACCAUCAGCUCCACUGCACCUUCUUCUGUGGCGCACAGUGCAUGUUCAUUUUACCUAGCGGUGUCACGCCCACCGGGGAUGUAAACCACAGACCCACCCAGUGUUUCCUUGUGUUAAGUACAGUAGUACAACUAGGACUUCAAGCUGCUCAGUUGCAUCCAUCGCCCUCACUGCAUGGCUGCCGGCCGUAGUGUAACCAGUAGAGCACCUAGUGUAUAUUUCAGCUGGAGUUGGCUUCAGCCAACAGUCCACUAUUCCAGCUCUGAUCGACGGAUCGCCUUCUACAACAGUAUACUGAUUCUGUACACUGAAACCACUGCCUAAUCUCAGGGAAGGAGUUAGAUCAGUGUUUUUUGUAAUCAGAUUCAAAGCCUCCAGAGGUGCAGUUCCAGUUUCCAGCCCCUCCCUCACGAGGUGUCAGACAAUCUGCACUGCUACAGACGAUGGUAUUUGUUUACGAGACUGUACUCUACUGUAUGUGUAUAUAUUAUUCUUCUGUGUCUUUUAUUCUGCGUAGACAGCGUGACAGUCCUCUUCAAAUUUUGUUGAGAUUCUUAAAUUUUUGGAAUAACGAUCAACAUUCCAACAAUAAGCCAUAAAUCCACAGACGGAAAGUAAACAUUUUCAUUGCAACACAGAAUUUUGGAGCUUAAUAUCAGCCUACAUUAGGUUCUGAGUCUAUGACCAUGUUUACGCCUGCUACUCAGAUAUGUUCCGCUCAGUCAGAUCACAAGUGGACGCUGAGACCAGAGUUCACACAGACGUAUGUGCGUUUGUCCAGAUGCAGUGCUGCUGUGAGAUCAAACGCUGUUUAUUGGGCCACACUCUGAGGUUACAGCUCGUUACAGCAGACAGCAUGUGAACAGAAUCAGAUCACAGCCCACCUUCCACAUGUGAUCUGGUCCGGUCCAGGACAUGUCGUGAUACUAGCUGUAAACGUGGCAUAUAUGAUCAUUUCAUAUCGUUCAACUAGACUAUAGUCACACUACAGCAGCUACUGAGUUGAAGGUGACAAACCUAAAGAUUUAGAUCUGCUCCUCUGGGGUUUAAUAACGCUGGUGAUCGUCCAGGUUUCGGUCAAACACCAAGAGCUCGUCCGCCAUCCCAGAAUCUAUAAAUCUAGGAUCUGGUUGACUUAUUAAUCUCUGUUGAAGAGCACAGACGUCGAUGUUGAACAUGCAGAUAUGAGACUUUCAUCAGUUUAGUCCAAACUGUUUUUAGGAGGUUUCACAUCAUCAGUGAUAGUUUUCAUUCAUUAGUGGCAAAUAUCAAUAUAUAUUAGCGAACCACAACACAAUUUAUGUUAACAUAAUUUCACUUUUACAAUUUAUGUAAUAGAGUUAAAGUGAUUACAAGCUGGAAGUUGUAUAAGAAAUCCCUCGUUGCACCAGAAUUAGUUUUGUGGUCAAAUUGGUUUUAAUGGAUUCAGUUCUAAACUGAAUUAAGACAAACUGCAGCUGGAUCUCACACACGUCCACACAUUGGAUCAAUGAAAUCUCGUGACAUACAGUGAGUCACUGUGUGAGCACAACUAGGAACAAACAGAAAAUACUUAGACACAAAUCCCUCAGUUAUUUAAUAUCCACCAACAACUAAUCUUAAUCUCUAUUUAUCAUAACGCAUUUGUAAACUGGGAGAGAAUUAAGGAAGGAACCACAAUUCCAAAGGAAUGUUAUUACUGCAUCUUGUAUAAAAGCAUGAGCCAUCUAAGUGACGUUGCAUGUGAGGCGCUACAAGAUCUGUAGGCUAGUUUUCUACAAAAUUUUUGAAGAUUGUUUUGGGGGUAACGUUUAGUUCUUUGCUAUUGUUUGUAUUUCUAAUGAUAUGAUGCUUUUACCGAUGUCUUUGACUGAGAGAAGGCUACGAACAAACCCCACAGCUAUAUUCCACAUGGGACCAAAUCUCUAGAAACUUCAAAUGAACGAGCUUUAUUUUUUUAAAACCGUAGCCAAACCUGGUCAGAAACAGUCUGGGUGGCACCAGGCUGGAGCAGGCCGGGUCCGAGGGGUCCGAGGGGUCCAGAACGACCCGGUUGGUCCGAGCCGAGAAGGCCGGCCACAUGACCACCCCAUGACUCUGCAACAAGUGCUCCUUGUUAGGAAUUCUGUCUUUAGCUGAGGUUUAACGCACACUGCGCUCCAGCGUCACACUCACGAUGUGGCGUGUGCUUUUGUUCUCGUCAGGAUUUAGCACGACAAGCAUUUACUCCAAGCGACUUUAGUGCUUUAUUUGGAGAAGUCAACAUUUAAAUUUUAAGUUGUGUUUCUAAAUCACAGUGUAUUCACCACGACAACCACAAAAACAUAUCUGAAGACAGUUUGAGUAAUUAAUUUCAGGCCACUAAUAGAUGUAUGAAUUAAGAGUAAUUCCUGUAGUCCCCUCUUUAGGAAUGUUUGUAGGUGCACCAAAGACCAGGAGCUCAGCAGUUUAGAAUAUGUUCAACAGCAAAUAACGUAUUAUUAUAGAGGAAACUUGUGUUUUUAUGGUGAAUCUUAUUUCUAAUGAUCUCUUUUUGUGGCACAUGAUCAAAGACUCCAUGAAUGUCACUCUGUAGGUUGAUUUCUUUGAAAAUAAUCCACUGGCGCUGACACGAAUGCUGGACCUUUGGAAAUCAGUGCGUGGGAAUGUGUGUAAAUGACAAAGACACUAGCAAAGUGUGUGAGGAUUGUGAUCCCAGCGGAGCUUCGUGUGCGUCACGCUGAAAUGCCCAGAAGGCGACAGCUGUAAACACGAUACAGGAUGUGCUCCAACAACACACUGACAUUCUGGUACUCUGUCCGAUCAGCAUGGCAGUUUUGUUCCAUCACACACACAAGCUUGGCUGCUUAUGUAAACAUGUUGUAUUAAAGUCAUGUGAGGGACUGUGCUAGCUUGGUUGUUUUAACUAAAACAAACAUCAAUAUAGGAAACAUAACCGUGUCUUCAAUGUUUUUGACCAUGCUUCAUAAUGAAUGUUAUGUGCCUGCAUAUUUCACCCAUCAAUGCCUCAAUGUGUCAAAUAAAAACUGUAUUUUUCUCUGCUAUCA